CAGCUUGCCAAUACACCGCCAAAAUGGUACGUAUGCUGUCGUUCAUGCGUCUGGGAUGAUUGUGCGAGGUCGGGUUUUGUCGGUAUCAGCUUUUUCGGCAUGUUCGUACGCCUUUUUGGGAGUGUGAUCGGUUUUCGAAGUUUUCGGGCGGUUUCGCGUCUCGACACGGAGGAUGGCAUGCGACUGGGAUGAGAGCCGAUGAUCUGCGAUUCAACUAGAUGAUAUUCAUUAUUGGGUACGCGGAAUAUUGAACGAAGGUCGUCGUGCUGUCAGAUCGGUUGCAUUGGAAACGGGGAGCACGAAGAAUUGGUAUCGAUGGAUGGCGAUCUCGAGAACAAUGAACUUCGCUGGAUGCACCAGGACGAUCAAUUCUCUUGGACAAUCUCUUCGACAUCCCCGCAUCCCCUUUCUCGACCGUGUUCUUCCUAAGCAGAUCCAGGACAUCAAGCUCUUCCUCGAGUUGGCCCGCCGCAAGGACGCCCAGUCUGCCCGCAUCAAGAAGUCCUCCAACGGCAAGCAGGUCAAGUUCAAGGUCCGCUGCUCUCGCUACCUCUACACCCUCACCGUCGCCGACGCUGAGAAGGCCGAGAAGCUCAAGCAGUCCCUUCCUCCUACCUUGAACGUUGAGGAGGUUAAGGCUUAA